AUGGCAAUUAUCGUUACAUUUGGAAAGUCAGAUUAUUGUAAUGAAAUAACAAAAGUAAACAGUUCUUUGGUUCCUUGCUUGCUUCUGCCUAGAAAUGGUCAGUUGGCUUCUUCCAAAAUGGCAAUUUCAGCUGAAUAUAGGAACGCUUUUUUGAUUUAUUUUUUUUUCUUCUCGCUCUUCCAAGAUGAUAAGUUCGACAUGUGCCUGCCUCUUAAUAUAGGAAUGCUUUAUCUGCUUACUUUAUUAUGGAAUUGUAACUGUGCUUGCUGUGUUUGCUAUAUAAGAAAAACAAAAAUACAAAAAAAAAAGAAAAUAAAUCAACGUAAAGAAGUUUCACGAUCAAUAUAUAAGUAUAAAGGCUGCCACCUGAAUUUAAAAAUCUGUAAGUUGGUGACACUAUUAGGCAGGAGGCAGAGUUGGAGUAACAGAAGAUAUUUAAAGGAGGGAAUCGAAAUGUCCAUAAAGUGA